AUGGAACAGGCCUCGAACGUUGGUGGCACUCGAAAACUCUACCAACUUAUCCGCCAAGUUAGCGGUAAGCCCUCUACACUGAGUGACUCUGUUCGCGACGUGAAUGCCGGCUUCAUUGUUGACAAUUCGGCCCAAGUCGAACGCUGGCGUGAGCACCAUCUCAACUUCGAUACACAACCCACCAUGCCCUUGUUCUCCUGUUCAACGGAGUUUCUUCCCUCUCCCACUUAUGCAGUGUCAUGCGACCCACCUUCCGAAGGAGAAGUCGCCGAUGCCAUACGAAAGCUACGCAACAACAAGGCACCCGGAGAGGGCGGUAGACCCGCUGAAGUCUUCAAGUCUUGUGUCGACGCUCUGGCGCCCUGGCUCCAUGAGCUGACUGAACGAGCGUGGAGAGACGAGGUUGUUCCUGAUGACUGGGGCUUAGGCAUCAUUGUACCUAUCCUCAAGAUGGGAGAUAAGACGAGAUGCGAGAACUACCGCGGCACCGACGUUGCUGCGACGAUCUUCGCUAUUGUCCUACUCAGGCGAUUCCAGGCUGUGCGUGACUCAAGGAUGAGGCCCAACCAAGCCAGAUUUCGUGCUGGACGUGGAUGCGCAGACCGGAUAUUCACCCUGAGACGCAUUCUCGAAUUUCGCCAUAGCUGCCAACAACUGACGGCCGUCUGCUUCAUUGACUUUGUCCCCCCCCCCCCGUUCUAUUCCGUCCAUCGUGAGUCCCUGUGGCGGAUAAUGGUGCUAGAUGGUGUACCGGCAAAAAUCAUCGCCAUGAUCAGAGCCUAUUAUCUUUCCACUACUGCGAGAGUCCUGGUCCGCAACAAUCUUACCCAAUCGUUCGGUAUUCGGUCUGGCGUUCGACAGGGUUGUAUCCUGUCGCCCAUUCUGUUCAACCACGCUAUUGACUGGAUCCUCGGGAGGGCCCUUCACGAAGGUGAGGGCGUUGAAUUUGCACUCGGACACCGACUGACUGAUCCCGACUUUGCUGAUGAUAUCGCCUUACUUGCUUCAAGUUUUGGUGAUCUGCAGUCCAUGGUGUUACGGGUGAACGAGGUCGCUAAAUCGGUCGGUUUAUCCAUAAACGCUGGGAACACUAAAGUGUUCUCAAGCUGCAUCCCUGACCAGGAGAAGGCACCCCUCGGAAUUGAUGGCUGUCAACUUGAAGAUGUAGACAGUUUUAAAUAUCCCGGGGAGAGGCUGCUGUCGAAUGGGCAGAGUAAGGAUGACAUUAUGUGCCGAAUCGAUGCUGCCAGAUGGGUUUUCUUAAGCCUUAGAUAA